AUGACUACACUAUCAGGUCUUACAACGCAAGAACUAGAGACACUCUCGUCGAAGGCCAUCGCUGCAAAGGCCAAUGCUUAUUGUCCCUAUUCCAAAUUCCGCGUUGGCGCAUGUGUUCUCACUAAGACUGGCGAGUAUAUUGCUGGUGCAAAUGUCGAGAAUGUCGCAUAUCCUGUUGGGACCUGUGCGGAAAGGGUAGCUUUCGGUACCGCGGUCGCCGCCGGACACCAUGAUUUCAAGGCUGUUGCAGUCGCUACUGAUAUCACACCUGGCGCAUCGCCAUGUGGUAUGUGCAGGCAAUUGUAA